CUCUCGGGUUGGAUACUUUGACCGAGCUGGCUUUAUUGUUGUGUUUCCUGUGGAAUUAAGUUUGAGAGCGUUUCAUUAGUUUUCUCCUCAUUUAAAAAAAUCACGCGCAAGAAUCGUUCGAUUAGACGCAAUGUUAAGAAUUAAUCCAAAUUUUUACGCGACGACAUUGUGGUUUACUUUUUGAACAUCCAAAAAAGUGAUUUGAAAAUAAAAUUAAAAAAAAGAUAAGGAUAACUUUGCCCGACUAGUCAGACGGUAUAACUGCGUAUCAAGUGACGUUGCUUCCUUGGCGGAGAAAAACAAAAUUUGUUUUCAUGUUUUCUAAAUUUUUUUUUACAGAUAUGGUAAGGGCAGCGUGAUUUGCUUUUUCCUUUGGGGGCACGGAGCAUAUUUGUAGUCGACAUUCGACAAGAUGAGAUCAUGCGAUCAGCACUUGUUGAACUGCAUAGCGCCAUGCAUGGCAAUGGGAAAAAUCAAAGUCCGAUGUUAGACCGCUUGAAUUAACUAAAGCACAAACUAAGGCAUCCAUUUAAAAUUAUCUAAAAAUUCCGUCUAUCUUCUUAACUAUAACCAUUUCGGGGUUCUAAUCGUUCUAAUACCAUACAUGCUCUGAGAAUAAACAGUUAAAGUUAAAUCAAAAAUGGCGAAAAUGGCGAAUUGUUCCUAAUAAGGACAAGUAAUUGCAGUUGAAAAAUGCAUACUGGAUAAAACCGGCUGUUUUCGUACUACGUGGUCGUGAGGGACGUGACGCAUUUCAACACUGAACAAACAAUAAAGACGAGCGUGAGUUGGCGUUUUCGAAACGGACUCAAAGACUGAAUCUGAUUGGUUGCCGUGGCGAUGGAGCGAGGGGGGAAACGGCCGUAUAUAAGGACGGUUCUGACUUGCCAACAGCAUUCGUCUGUUUAGCUUCGUAAGAAACGAACGAACAGUUCUCUCACUCACACUAGCAACAAGUGUCAACUUGUCGAGUCGUAACUUCGAUUUAAUUCCUAAAGAAAAACAAUACUAAGAAAAUGGCCAGCAAAUGCCGUCAAAACUAUCAUGAGGAAUCUGAGGCCUCCAUCAACAAGCAGAUCAAUAUUGAACUGAAUGCUCAUUAUCAGUACCUGGCUCUGAGCUCUUACUACGAUCGUGAUGACGUAGCCCUCAAAGGCUUUUCCAAGUUCUUCAAGCACUCUGCUGAGGAGGAACAUGAGCAUGCCGAGAAACUCAUGAAAUAUCAGAAUCUUCGAGGAGGAAGAGUUGUGUUGACUGCCAUCAACCGUCCAGCUCAUCAAGAAUGGGCCACUCCAUUGGCCGCAAUUGAAUUUGCUCUCAAUCUGGAAAAACAAGUCAAUCAGUCGCUGCUAGAUUUGCACAAGGUGGCUAGUGGUCACAACGAUGCACACCUUUCAGAUCACUUGGAGGAGCAUUUCUUGGAAGAACAAGUGGAGUCCAUCAACAAGUUGGCCAAAAUGCACACCAACUUGGUUCGUGUUGGUGACGGUCUAGGUGUCUUUUUGUAUGACAAGGAACUGCAGUCCUAAAUGUCCCAUUUAACAUCAUCCACUGGGACCAAGAUAUUGAAAGCCCUAGUAACUGUCAACACUUCACAUGUGUAUCCAAAAUAGCAGAAGUCUGUUGAUCUUGUAGUUUUCAGAUGCUCAUUUUGUACAUUGAAGCAUUUGAAUAAAUAUAAUUUCAUCAACCA